AUGGCUAUUUCAAAAGGGAAGCAGCUUGAAGUUUCCGAUCAAGAUAUAUUCAGCAGGAUGGACCUCUUCUGCCGGCGAAUUCAGAAGCUGAUAUCUAUGGUAGGUGUGCACUGGCCUAUACCUGAUGAAGGGAUGAGCGCAACUUUGCCGCCACUUAGGGCCAGCAACCUCAUGUGCAAAUGCUGUUCACGUGGAAUUUCUCCCGCUUCAUAUUCGACGAUUCAGCAGUUCAGCAACAUUGCUGACCAGAAGUUUGAAGGCAUGGAUAUAUAUGUAGACCGCUUCAAGGCUAUUUUUAAUGAUUUCAAGGUCAAGCGGCACGAUCUCUUAGACUUCUACAACAACCGCUUCGACCGAGACUUUGUGGAAUUUUCUGUCCGUGUUUCGAACUUGGAGAGCAGCAUGAUUCCGCAGAUAAAUGAAAUUUUUGAGACCACAUCUUCAAUCGACGAGUCGCUGCGGCUGCUCCAGAAGUUGCAAGAGACUGUAUUCAGUGAGAAUUUGAAAGCGGAGCUGAAGGGCAAAAUCAGCCUCAUCAUCCACCGGUACAGCAUUGAGCUGGUACAGAUCCAAGAGGAAUACGAACGGCACAAAACUAACCCCCCACCGAGCAAAGACAUGCCGCCAAUUCCCAACAACAUAAUUUGGGCUCGGGAUCUCUUGAAAAAAAUUGAGGUAGCUGAGACUUUAGUGGAAUAUGAACUGAGGUGGCACCAAGCUUGGACAGAAUGUGUCCAAGCCACGGCUGCGGGCUUGAAUAACAGCAUCCUCGUCCGGAACCCCAACACUGGCAAGUUGUCGAUAAACUUCGAUGGCGACAUCGCACGGCUGAUUCGGGAAGCCAAAGUACUGGAAAGGAUGAGCAUUGAUAUACCCGAGAGCGGCCGCAUCGUGUUUUUAAGAGAAAAAAAGCUGAAGGGAUGCUUUGACGAGCUCAAAUUUGUUCUUGAUGUGCGCAAGCUCCGCUUCGGCCUCCUUUUGCACAGCCUGCUACGAAAACUCGAUCAGUACCAUGGGGCCCAGACGUGCCCCUCUGCAAGAAAAUAA